ACCGAAACGAAGAAGAGAAGAAGCCUACGGUUGUUCUGUUCCUUUCAAUCUCACCAAAUUAUCAUCUUCGCCUUCAAUCUUUGUUUUCUGUCUGAUGUGUUCUCUUCACCAAACCAAAUUCUUAACCCUAGCUUCUUAAUUAAAGGAAAUAAUAAAUAAAAGAGUUUAAUUCGAUCGAAUCUGGAUGAAGUUAGUUUUGUCUAGAUGAAAUCUAGAUAGAUGUGACUGAUUCCGUAAUCAGAGAGAUGCUAGGAGCGAUCCAUUUCGGAGUAUUAGCAGCUUGUUUCGUCCUCUUCGUUCCCAUGGUUAUGGCGGGUUGGCAUCUGAGCAGGAACAAGAUGCUCUUCUUUAGUGGCGCUUUGUUUAUUUCACUCGCGGUUUGCGUUCAUCUCACGCCUUAUUUCCCUUCUGUUUCGGACAUCGUAGCCUCUGUUUCGUCUGUUGUCGUCUACGAUCAUCGUAUCUCUUGUAUUAACGAGGUGAAUCAGAUUGUCUGGGAUGUUAAGCCGGUUCCCAAUCCCGAGUCAGUUCGUAGGCAUAAUGGCUCAACGAAGCUUGAUUAUUUCGUGAAGAAUUGGGAUUGGAUGAAAUCGAGGAAAGUUUUGAGCUGUGAGUUUCAGAAAUUGGAUAAAUUCGAUGUUUCGGAUUUGUUGAAUGGAUCUUGGGUUGUUGUCGCUGGUGAUUCUCAGGCGAGAUUCGUGGCUUUGUCUUUGUUGAAUCUUGUUUUGGGUUCCGAUUCAAAAGCUAUGGAGUCUGUUAAAGAUGAUCUGUUCAAGAGACAUAGUGAUUACAGCAUUGUGGUUAAGGAGAUUGGGAUGAAGCUUGAUUUUGUGUGGGCUCCUUACGAGAGAGAUUUGGAUGAUCUUGUGGUAUCGUAUAAGAAGAAGAACAAGUAUCCAGAUGUUGUGAUUAUGGGAAGUGGGUUAUGGCACAUGCUUCAUGUGAACAAUGCUUCGGAUUUCGGCUUCCGGUUGAAGCAAUUGAGUAGUCAUGUAGAGUCUCUAGUGCCCUUGACGCCAAAGGAGCAAGAAGGAGGCGGAUCGGCCUCUGGUAGAUCUAUGCAUCUCUUCUGGAUCGGGAUGCCAGUUUUGAUCAAUGGGAUGUUGAAUACGGAUGAGAAGAAGCAGAAGAUGAGUGAUACGGUGUGGCAUGAGUAUGAUAGAUCACUGGGGGAGAGUAAGAUCUUGCGCCAAAUGGGUGGUCCGCUUAUCUUGCUUGAUAUCCAGUCCUUCACAUGGAAUUGUGGACCGCAAUGUACACUUGACGGAAUGCAUUAUGACUCUGCGGUCUAUGACGCCGCUGUUCACGUCAUGCUCAAUGCGUUGCUUAUCGAAUCUCAUCAAACUUUAUGAGUUCUUGACACGGUUUUCUUUUGUUAUUUUCCAUUUUCUUUGCGGUUCUUCUGUAGAGUUUUAAGAGCAGUUUGAUGUUGAUAGGAAUUUUUUACAACACACGAUGAUCCUUUUGGCCUGAAUGAUCUUCACAUUGGAAGUAAGUGAACUUACAUUCUUGGCUAUAAUAGGUUUAAUAUCUUUUGACUUUGAACCUUUAGUUAUUCUGA